AUGGCAGGAAACACUAAAACAAUUGUGAUAUUCCCAAAUGUUGAAAUAUGUGAAGAACCAACAGAACUGGAAUUAAAAGAUGUUGCUGUCUUCUCGGCUCUAGAUCGUAAACUUGAACGUUAUCGCAAACGUAGAAUGAUGCAUGAACGAGCUGGUCGUAUCCUAAGACCACACAUACCCUCAUCCUCAUCCUCAUCUGACUCUUCAAUUUCAUUGGCGUUGUUGUUCGCUUUCGUAGUUGUCUUUUGUGGAGAUUCAAAUACUAAUUAUUCAUACCAAAAGAACAAUUGA